AUGGUGCUGGAGUUUCACGACACUCACGGCCCCAUUCGCUCGCUAGUUCGCCCGAAUGCCGCACCCGCAAUGAAAGACCCUAGAGGCGCCGUGCGUAUCGUGGAAGUAGGACCGCGGGACGGCCUACAAAAUAUCAAAGACCAUGUGCCAACGUCAGUAAAGAUCGAGUUAAUUAGACGACUCCGCGGAACGGGUCUGCAAACCAUCGAGUUGACGUCGGUAGUCUCCCCUCGAGCGGUUCCACAGUUAUCGGAUUGUCGAGAUGUGCUGCGCAUGGAAGAUAUCAAGUCACUGCGGAAGGAACCUAAUAUUCGUCUUCCAGUGUUAGUUCCCAAUAUGAAGGGUCUGGAUAUUGCACUCGAAUGCGGUGUUAAGGAGGUUGCGGUCUUUAUCAGCGCCACGGAAGGGUUCAGUAAGGCCAACGUCAACUGUACUGUGAAGGAGGGCUUAGAAAGAGCGAGGAAUAUUGCAGAGAAGGCUACCAGCUGUGGCCUGGCUGUCAGGGGAUAUGUAUCAUGCAUAUUCUCCGAUCCUUUUGACGGCCCAACGGCGCCAUCUGCAGUGCUUCACUGCGUGAGAGAGCUGCUCGAGAUGGGAUGUUAUGAGGUUAGCCUUGGAGACACACUAGGUGUCGGCUCCCCCGAUAAAGUACGAAGUCUUCUGGUGUAUCUGGAGGAACAUGACGUAUCUCUCGAUUUGCUGGCGGGCCAUUUCCACGAUACGUACGGCCAAGCUGUAGCCAACACUUGGGAAGCAUAUAAUUGUGGACUUCGUGUGUUUGAUAGCAGUAUCAGCGGCCUGGGAGGUUGCCCCUAUGCACCGGGUGCCAAGGGAAAUGUUGCCACAGAAGACCUAGCUUAUAUGUUUCACAAUGCGGGGAUUGACACUGGCCUUGAUAUGCUCAAGCUGGUGGAAACUGGCCUGUGGAUAUCCACAAGACUGUCAAGAGAGAAUGCAAGUCGAGCUGGAAUAGCGCUCGCAAACACACACGGACUAGUGUGCCCACCGCACCAUACGGACCACACCCAGAGCAAGGCAGUAAUUUCUUGGUCCCCAGUGAACACCAAGGGCAGACUACUAACAUAUCGCUCGGGUGGCAAUUUUAAGAUUGUACUCAAUCGACCGAAAAGGGGCAACACGUUGACGCAGAAGAUGGUCGCGGACCUUAUAGCUAUCAUCGCAAGUUGCAACAAGGACCCUUCCCUCUUGAACAUUAUCAUCACUGCAACCGGGGGAUACUUCUGCAUGGGUAUGGAAAUUGGAAAGACUAUGCCAUUCAUUGCCCAGAGUGCUUCAAGAAAUCCCCGGGUAAAGCAUCUUGCUGCCUUGCUGGAAUUGAUGAGAUGUUCACCCAAAACGACAGUUGCAUGCAUAAAUGGUCACGCUUUCGGCGGCGGUGUCGAGUUAGCACUUGCUUGUGAUGUCAGGAUUAGCCUUAGGGAAGCAACAUUGACAUAUACCGAGGCGACAUUUAAAGAAGCUAGGAAUUCUAGCUCGAAGUGGAAGAGCGCUUUUAUACGCAACGCAGUUUUCUCCACUCAUUCCACCACGGCGGAAAAGCUGAAGUCACUAGGGCUGGUAUCUGAAAUUGUAGAAGACCAGGGACAGCUACGGGUCGGCCUUGAUGAUUUGCUCAUACGCCUGAACAAUUCCAGACCUGCUAAACCACGGGUGUCCAGGGAGCUUUCAUGGUCAACGAGGGCGAAUGCAGAAUGGGAUGCACAAGUUGAUACUCUUGAUGAGACUUUUUACAAAACGAUGAAGCUUGAUGUCGGCCAAGGCGACAUGAAAGUAUCCUACAGCGGACGGAGAGAUGAUUUGAAACUUCUACGUAACAUCAUGACCAUACGACAGUCUCCCUCACCCUUCACGCUGGAAUUUGACUCCCUAGUACAGAAGCAGUUGGAGAAAUGGAAGGUGCCCGGCAUUACAAUCUCCGUGGUUCACGGCUCGAGCACUUAUGCGAAAGCCUAUGGCAUUGCAGAAUUCCCAGACAAGAAGAUGACUGUUGACUCUCUAUUCACCACGUGCAGCACCACCAAAGCCUUCACUGCUGCUGCGGUAUCCAUGGUAAUGGAUGACAGAAAAGAGACCCCCUCACCUCUCAGAUGGGAUACACCAAUAGUAUCCUUAAUUCGAGAUGACUUUGUUCUGGCUGACGACAAUGCCACAAUGAACACUACACUGGAAGAUGCUCUGUCACAUCGAUCUGGCUUACCAGGUCAUAUAUUUGCGAUGACAGGCGCAUAUCCGGACGAAACAUUGCGUGAAGCGGUCCGGAAAAUCAGACACCUUCCGCUGGCGUAUCCACCGCGAACAACAUUCGACUAUUGCAACCAUAUGUUUAUGGUAGUGUCUCAUGUCUUGGAGCAAAUCACAGGCGAAUCACUGGGCGAGUUCCUACGAAAGCGCGUCUGGAGCCCACUUAAUAUGAAGGACACGUACUUUUCUGUCCAGGAUGUCAAAAAAUGUCCAUUAACUAGUCCAAAGUUGGUCCAAGGCUACACGUGGGUUCCAGAAAAGGGCUGCUAUGUGGCUGAGCCACAUAUGAAUUAUGCACCCACGACUGGAACAGGGGCCAUGGUUAGCAAUGUUCUUGAUUACGCAAAAUGGUUGCGAGCCAUGAUAUACAAAACAGCACCAAUAUCGCCAGAAGGACAUGCAUCGAUCAUUCAUCCCCGGACCGUAGUCUCCAAAGAUGAUAAAGAUACUGUAUACCCACCCGCACCCUAUCACUUGUACGCUCUAGGCUGGUUUGUGGACACUUAUCGGGGUCAACAAUUAUACUGGCAUAGCGGAAGCUGGGCUGGAUUCGGAAUCAUGGUGGGCUUCAUAGCUGAGAAGCAGUUUGGGUUUGCAAUAAUGGGGAAUACUCAAAAGGCUAGAAACGCGCAGUUGGAGUUAUAUCUAUACCUCAUCGAUACAUUACUGGGAGUGUCGGGUAGUGAGCGGGGACAGUUUGUCCAACAUAUGACGAAGAGGAUGUCCGACAUCACGGAAAAAAGAUCCGAAAGCAUCUGCGAGGCAAAGAAACGAUUAUUCCCUUCUCUGCCUGCCAGGGUACUUCCCCACUCCCUCCCAUUGCAUGCGUAUACUGGAAUCUAUAGCCAUCCGGGGUAUGGUAUCAUUGCACUGAGGGUUGAAGAUGGACAAUUGCAGGCGGACCUAAGCGACCGAGUGGAAGCGAUGACUAUCCAUUUGGAACAUACAGCGGGGGAAUUUUUCGUGGCGAGAAUGUGUACAGCCACUAUGUCUGAGUGCCUCCGGGCUGAAUUCUAUGUCGACUCAGCGGGGACGGCACGGAAACUCGGGAUGGAGUUAGAGCCAGCAUUAGGGGGACAAAAAAUAUGGUUUGGCCGCUGUGGAUAA